AACCAUCCAUAGGAAGACGUUGCACUACCAGCAGGGGUUGGCCUUGACGGAGGAGGGCCAUAGUGCCUGUUCAGUUUCUUUGUACAUCAAUAGAGCCCUAAAACCACGCUGCUCUGACUCACACCAACAGACAACGCGGACCACUAGUGGCUGAUUCCGGCCGGUAUCAGACCACAUACCCGACCGGAGGGAAGAACAGAACCUUAAAAACAGAGCGACUGUCGACCAAGCUGCAAGCUUUGUGUACCCCCAGCAAGGACUAAAAAUAGAGGAAACUUACCCGACAAUGUCAGUCAUGAAAAAGAGGAACUCAAAUUCCUCUGGUGACAGGGAGGAGGACAAACAGAUCACAGAAAGGAUGCUCGCCUCGUCAAGCAGCGGGGAAAAGGGGGACUCAAGUCAUGGUGGAGGACCAGGAAGUGAGGGCAAUAUCCCCUACAAUGCCGCCGGAGAAGAGAGAGCUGAGGACGGGGUUGCCCUAAAAAGGACCAUCACCCUGUUAAACGGCGUGGCCAUAAUUGUGGGCACGAUAAUAGGCUCCGGCAUCUUCGUCACACCAACCGGCGUGGUUAAAGAGGCCGGUUCUGUGGGUCUGUCCCUGGUCGUAUGGACGGUGUGCGGAGUGUUUUCCACCGUGGGGGCUCUGUGUUACGCGGAGCUGGGGACUACCAUCACCAAGUCCGGUGGGGACUAUGCCUACAUCCUGGAGGUGUAUGGCUCACUGAUAGCUUUCCUAAAACUUUGGAUCGAGUUGCUAAUCAUUCGGCCGUCCUCACAAUACAUCGUCGCCUACGUUUUUGCCACCUACCUCAUCAAGCCCCUGUUCCCCGUUUGCCCGGUGCCGGAAAACGGAGCCAAGGUUGUGGCCUGCCUCUGCAUCCUCUUGUUGACCUUUGUUAACUGCUACAGUGUGAGGGCUGCCACCAGAGUGCAGGACUUCUUUGCAGCAGCCAAGCUCUUGGCACUUGGACUCAUCAUCAUCAUCGGCUUCGUCAAAAUAGGCCAAGGUGGCACAGAUGGCCUUCUUCCAGAAAAUUCCUUUGAAGGUUCCAAUUAUGAGUUUGGCAGCAUUGGUUUGGCGCUCUAUAGUGGCCUGUUUGCCUAUGGUGGCUGGAACUACUUGAAUUUUGUCACUGAAGAGAUGAUUGACCCCUAUAAAAACCUUCCUCGGGCCAUCAUCAUAUCCCUGCCUAUAGUAACAGCAGUGUAUGUCAUGACCAAUCUGGCAUAUUUCACCACCCUUUCACCGGAGCAGAUGCUCAACUCUGAAGCUGUGGCUGUGGAUUUUGGUAACUACCACCUUGGGCCAAUGGCAUGGAUCAUCCCAGUGUUUGUUGGACUAUCCUGCUUUGGAUCAGUUAAUGGCUCUCUGUUCACAUCAUCAAGAUUAUUCUUCGUAGGUUCUCGGGAGGGUCAUCUGCCAAGUCUGCUGUCAAUGAUUCAUCCCACCCUGCUGACACCACUGCCCUCACUGAUAUUUACCUGCAUAAUGACUCUGCUGUACGCCUUCUCCAGUGACAUCGGUUCUGUUAUAAACUUCUUCAGCUUCUUCAACUGGCUUUGCAUUGCCAUGGCAAUUGUUGGAAUGAUGUGGCUUCGUUAUAAGAAGCCAGAGCUUGAGCGACCAAUUAAGGUAAAUAUUCUGCUACCAGUGAGCUUUGUGCUGGCCUGCCUUUUCCUAAUCAUUGUCUCCAUCUGGAAGACCCCAGUGGAAUGUGCCAUUGGCUUUGGUAUCAUCGCCACAGGAAUCCCAUUCUACGUAGUUGGUGUGUGGUGGAAGAACAAACCAAAGUGGCUGCUUCAUGGAAUCUUCUCGACUACAGCCAUGUGCCAGAAAGUCAUGGAGGUCGUGCCUCAGGAGUCAUAAAAGCCAGUGCCCUUAACUGCUGCCAGUGGCCUAUUUGGUUGCACCCAAUAGCUGUGGGGUUCUGAAAACACAGCUGAUGAGGGUUGACCUCUUUCCCCUCACUCUCAGCCAUCUCAUCUACCCCUUAUUUCACACACAAAACACACACCCACACACAAUCACACACACACCCUGUCUGCUGGGUGCUGAUAAGGACCUGAUGAAACAUGCAGAUGUUUGGGACUGAAGUGUUUUACUAGUUGUCAAAUAUUUUCUUUUGAGUUUUUUGUGGUGACGACAUAUUUGGGGUUGUCAUUCCAGUUUGAUUUUUUUGUCACUAACUUUCUUUGGUAGGCUGUUAUGUGUUUAGUUUUUAGUUUCAUUUUAUUUAAAUUCAUUGUUUUUAUGAUCUUUAAGUCUUAUUGAGAACAUGGUAAGGCAAGCUGGCCUUUAUAACCCUGACCUGGUCAUUGUAACCCUGUUCACAUUAAGUUAGUUGUGCCUUAUCUGAAAAGGAAAGGUCAGCUGUUGGUGUUGAUGGGGUCUGAGGCCACCCUCAGCUUUGACACUGUUCUGCUAACAGCUUUAAGGAGCUCUCCCAAGCCUUAAAACAUGAAACAAUUUUUAAAAUUCUGCUAGCAUGCACAGUAAUUGUGGAGUAUUUUAUUUUUAUAGUACUGUUUGAAGUUGUGGCCAAAAAUGACUAAAACAUGUAGUCCUGCAGUCAUUACAGUUCUUAAGCACUUAAGGUAAAAGGCCUUGUGUGGUCCAUUUAAGUGCUUGUUGAUUGACUGUUUUGCACGUCUGUCUUUUAUUGACCGUUACCAUCUAGUUCAUGUCAGCCAGUUUUAAUGUUAAAUGGAGAUCUUGGAGAGUUCCCAUUGUCAUUUUUGCUGUAUUCAGACUGUUGAUAAUACUGUUUUGUUUAAUUGCUAUUUUUUCAAGCUAACUGAAAACCUUUGAGAAAGGACAGAUUGAAGUAAACGUUCAAUUUCGUUUUGGUUUUCCCUUUCCUUUCCUUUCCUUUCCAUUUAUUUGUUGUGUUACAGAACAACCAGUUGGUGAUUAUGAGAAUACUGGGUUUAGUCUACUGAACUCACCUCACAGGAUUUCUGGGUAUUUUAGUUUUAUUUCUAUUAAAGUUGGAUUGUUCUAUUUGCCAUCAUGUCAGGGCUGGGUAUACUGGUGUUAGAAAUUGGAUUUUGACUGAAACUCAAAAGUGGGUGAAAAUGUCAUAAUUUGGUAUAGUCCUGUUGACUAUUCUUGGGUCAAAGAUGCCAGUUUCACUGGUGAUCAAUUUCCCAGCAUACUGAGCCAGGCUAGUUAAGUUAUAUAUAGUCAAUCACACUGAUAGAGUUAAAAGACAGCAUUAAUAAAGCCAUGCAACUGUGCUACAGUGUCAGGCAAGAACAGAGUAACAGAAAGACACUUGAUGGCCCUUCCGUAGAGUAGGUACCCGAUCAUGUGUUGAUUUAUAUGUUUAACUAUUUGAGUGAGUGUGUGUGUGUUUUAAAAUGAACAUAAAAGUCCUGUAUUUUGGGAUGAUUUGGGUUAAAAGAGAAUAUCACAAGUUGACAACCAUUUUUCAGGCUAUACAGGAAAUGAGGAAGAAUAUUUUUCUUCUUUGGUAUUUUGCAUUUUACAUUUAUGAGAUGAGAGAGUGUGUAUUUUCUGAUCAGUUUGAACUGCUAGUUUUAAUUAUUUCAUCCUCAUUUUUUGUGUUUACCUGCACGUACAGACUGAUUGUAACAUAAAGUAAGUGAUGUAUCAUUAACAGAAAGAAUGACAACUCACGUAGUAAUGGACCAAAAGCAUGUUAUCCUGGCAGUGUUGUUUCCACAGGGGAUGAAGGAGGAGUAAUUUGUGUAUUAUAUGACUAGAGCCUUUGCUAACACUCUAACACUCCCGCCAUCACUCAAAGCUGAUGGGGAACUAACCUAAAUAGGACUGUAGAAGUUUAUUUAUUUAUUUUUAGGAAACUUUGUUGUUUAUUAGUCCCUCAAAUUUGUUGACAGGGCAUUUUGUGGAAAGUGCUUUACAAAUAAAUCUUGAGUUUUUCCAA